UUUCGGCUACAUGGUAAUGUGAAGUUCUGUGUUACUUCCAGUACCACUUUAAAGAAGGAAAACUGAGAGAGAAAAAGCUCUUAGACGAGAAAUUUUCAGGUAAUCUUUAAACAAUUUCAAGCGUCAUGGUCCAUGAAAAUGUUUUGGAAUGUAUUAGACACUGAACUGAAAUAACAUCCUACCGUAAUACUCCCUCUGUCGCAUAUUAGUUGUCCUGUUUCAUUUUUCAAGAGUUAAUUUGACCAAUUUUUAAAACUAAAUUGGAUUAGAUUAGUUCAAUAUUUUAAAAUUAUAUUUUACAUAUUUAAAAACUACACGAAAAGUACUAUAAAAUGCAAUUUUUUUCAUAUAAUAUGAUGAAAAAAUAUAUCUCAAAAUAUUAAUCAAAAUUUAUUUAAUUUGACUUUUUUAAAAAAAAGUAAACAAUUAAAAUAUGGGACGAAGAAAGUAUAUUUUUUAGUACUUAAUAACGGACUUUCCAAGAAAAGUUGGAAAGUAGUCAGUGGGGCGGCUAUAGAUGAAAGUGAAGUUCUCUUUUGUCGUCUGCAGAUGACCGGUGAUGGAUCCAUUCCUUGGUCACCAAGUAAUAGAAAAGGUAAAUAACUAGAUGACUCCUUUCACACGGUUUUAUUUUAUUUUUGUAAUUUUGUAAUUAUAGGCUAUUCGAAAUUUACUAGCCUAAUUAAUCUAAAUUCUCACCGUGUAGAGCUUAUUAUAGAGAAAGUGUUUCUAUCAGGAAUUUUUUAAUUUUCCUUAGACCUCUCUGAUUAAAGGUGAAAGAAUCUCAUUUCAACUUAAACAAUAUUUUAUGCGGUUUCUAGGCCAAAGUAAUUUCCAUGAGGAUUCUUAAUUAGCUGAGUCCUCCAUACUAAUUCCAAGAGUAAUAAUAUAAAUAGGCCGUGUGUCACUGAUCUAGAACUAUACAAUCUUAUAACCUCUAGAAACAAGAAAACUUGGUUCCUUUUUGCUCCAGAAAAAAAAAAUCAUUUUGAGCAAUGGAAUCUGAUUCAUCCUCUGAUCUUACUCACCUUAAUGAAGAAUUGCCAAAGAAAAUUGAAGAGAACAAAGAAGAUGAUCAACCAGACAUAAUAAGUCUCAGGUUAUUGGACAAAGAAGAUGAUCAACCAGACAUAAUAAGUCUCAGGUUAUUGGACCUGACAGAUGUCGAUGAUUUUAUGGAAUGGUUUGGAGAUGACAACGUUAGCAAGUUCUGUUCUUGGGACACUUUUAAAUCCAAAGAAGAUGCCAUGAAUUAUGUUAUUGAUGUUGCCAUACCACAUCCAUGGUUCAGAGCAAUUUGCCUAAAUGGCAAGCCAGUUGGUUCUAUUUCUGUAUCACCAUUUCAUGGAACUGAUAAGUGCAGGGGUGAACUUGGAUAUGUGUUAGCAUCAAAGUAUUGGGGCAAAGGGAUAGCCACGAAGGCGGUGAAGAUGGCGGCGUCCGCCAUCUUUGUAGAGUGGCCUCACUUGGAGAGGCUCGAAGCUGUGGUGGAUGUUGAUAAUCCAGGAUCACAAAGGGUGUUGGAAAAGUCUGGUUUUACAAAGGAAGGUGUAUUGAGGAAGUAUUAUCUUCUGAAAGGGAAACCAAAAGAUAUUGUUAUGUUUAGCCUUUUAUCCACUGAUCAACAAGUUACCUACUUUAUGUUGAAGUUGAGUGGCCAUGAACAUGCUGCUGCAGAUGAUUAUUCAGACAUAAGUCUCCGUUUAUUGGACCUCAACGAUGUUGAUGAUUUCAUGGAAUGGUUUGCAGAUGAAAACGUUAAUAAGUUCUGUUCGUGCGACACUUUCACAUCCAAAGAAGACGCAAUGAGAUGCAUUGCUGAUAUUGUUAUACCACAUCCAUGGUUUCGAGCAAUUUGCUUAAAUGGCAAGCCAAUUGGUUCUGUUUCUGUGUCACCAUUUCAUGGAAGUAACAGGUGCAGGGGGGAAAUUGGAUACGAGUUAGCAUCAAAGUAUUGGGGCAAAGGGAUCGCCACCAAGGCAGUGAAGAUGGUGGCAGCUGCCAUAUUUGCGGAGUGGCCCCACUUAGAGAGACUUGAAGCUAUGGUGGCUGUUGAUAAUCCAGGUUCACAGAGGGUGUUGGAGAAGGCUGGUUUUAGGAAAGAAGGUGUUUUGAGGAAGUACUAUCUUCUUAAUGGGGAACCAAAAGAAAUUGUUAUGUUUAGUCUUUUAUCGACUGAUCCACAAAUCACUUACUUUAUGUAGGAAAUA